CCCUUCAGCCAAUCAGCAUUUCAGCUUUCGAAAUGCGUCAACCAAUUAGCGGCUUCAGGGCGUUCUUUUUUUUUUGGUUACCGUUGACGGAUGCCAGACUAAAACUGGAAGAUACGUUUCUCGCGGGCUUACAGUACAAAUACAAAUAUGGGGCAAGGAUGCUGUAGGUGUCAGAUAGUCACUAAUAACGAGGGAACCUAAGGAUGUCCACAGAUGACAGUAUAUCUGAAGAUGUGUCCUAUUCUGCUGGUGUGAGCCAUGAAAAUGUUGAGAGCAAUGGCACAAAAGAGAGCGAGUCCUCAAUCAUAUCAUCAGAGGACAGCCCACCAAUCCAGCCAGGAGCAGACAUGGAGGACUCAACUGCAAAGCCUGUCAGAACAGUGAAAGGAUUCUUCCAGUCUUCCCCAGAACUGAUGAACAGCACUGGCCCUGAAACUGCAGUACAGCACAGCUCAAACAAUAGCAGAGUAAAUACAGAUGAAACACUCGGCUCAGGGAGAAAGCUACCUUCCAUAAACCCCAGUCCUAUUGAAAGCUUAACGGCUCUAGUUAAAGACAUCCAGAUAAGUGGAGAAUCUGACCCAGAGAUUUGGAAGAACUGUGAGGCCAGGUGGCUCCAGCUGUUUCAACUAGUGGAGAAGCAGUACCAAGAUCAGAUUCUUUCCCAACAUGAACAAUACCAGUGCCAGAUUCAACUCAUACAGGACGAAAUCAAAGCUUUAGUCCAGAUAAAGAAAAAACAGAACCCCCUGCACAAUACUGAAGCAUUUGCUGUGGUUCCUGAUAACUCAGUUUUAUUAGGAAUACUUAACGGAUGUCAUUCAAAACCCUUUUUGCUGCACAAACAGACUUCAGUACAUCCCAAUCCUGGUGAAAUAGGAAGACAGCAAAAUUCCUCGGACACUAAUCCAGAGGACUCUGCUUUUGCUGUUUUACUGAGCAGUGGGUUUGGGACGCUUUCUGCCUCGGAACAUAGUUUAAAGAAGCACGUGGACUCCAGUAAUGACAAGAACGCCUUGAAGGGAAAGCAUGCAGGACACGCUGUCUGUCCCUCAGAAAACCUGUCAUGUCCAUUUAAGUCAGACGGGGUUUCUAAAGGAAAUAACUCUCAGCCUGAAUUACGGACUGCUCAGGAAAAAAGAUGUAACGUUUCUCCUGCAGGCCGUAAGCAAACCAAUCCAAACCUGUCAGUUGAUCAAAGAAAAAUGAACGGUCAGCUAUUGACAUCAUGGGCACAGAAACAAAGGCAUAAGCAGCGUAAGAGCAGAGCUGUACUGAACAUGCGCCAGGAAGAGCAGGCAGAAAGGAACAGGAGUCUAGACCAUCACGAGGAUAUUCGUUCUAGCUCUGCUGUAGAGCCGUCUCAUUCCUUCUUCCUAGGAAAACGAAAUGAUAGCCCAGACUCCCUUGUGUCUGACGCUUCAGGUCUUACAUACUGGAAACUGGAUGAAAGUGAACUGUACCGCUCCUUGCCAGAGAACUUGGAAAAUGGGUCUUAUUUUUACUUGCAAGAUGAGUCUAUCAAUCUGCCUCACACAGAGGAGCCAAGGCUGCCUGCUUCUCUUAAAGAAAUCUAUCAUAUGAAGCAAAAGGGAGACGCAAACAUUCAUGACAGGGAUUCAUAUUCUUCUCAGUUUAACCCAAGUCAGUCUGCUCCACAGGUUUUGACCCUUGAUCCAACACUUCACAUGAAGCCAGCUGACAGGGAUUCAUUGUUUUCCUCACCUUCCCAUUUCAAUACUGCCUCAUUCCUUGAAGAAGCCAAGCCUUCAGCAGCUCCCGGGGAUGCAGUUAGUCCAGACUCCAUGGCAGAUGCGCCUUCUCAAAGCCAUUCCGACACCGAUUCCAUUUCAAACGCCAGUAGUUUGUCAGCAGCACAGAUAAAUGGGACGCACAGACGUUCUUUACAAAAAAGUGCUUUACCAAGCAAGAGCAGGAGUCUGUGUUCUACCUCUCCGAAAGUCGUUUGUACAAAUGGACAGCAUCCAGCUUUCCGUAACGGCAUUCAGAACGAUAGCUUGUCCAACACGGAUGAUGAAGGGAGCUGCUCAACCCUCACCCCACCGUCUAGAAUGGAGAGCAGCGUGUCUCUGCAUGCCAGUGGAGCCAGGGGUUCAGACAGAACCAUAUCCCUGUCCUCCUUGGAGGACCCUGUUGUUUCGUCGCUGGUGAGACAGAACCUGAGAGAAAAGCAUUCUCGUCACAUCGCAGAUCUUCGUGCCUACUAUGAAUCCGAGAUUACUAGCUUGAAACAACAGCUUGAGACUGUAAUAAGGCCUCCCAAUUCAGUUGACAUAGAGAGAACGAAUCAAAAUCUCCAAGAAAGGUGUGACCAUCUAGAAAGAGCACUAACUGAGGCAAGCAGUCGAAUAAGAGACCUGGAAAAUAAGAACCGGUUGUUGGAAAAACAGCUGGUGGAUUGGCCUGAUCGCUAUGAAACAGCCAGCGCAGCUGCUCAAGUUCUACAGCAGCGCCUUGAUGAAAUGAAGAACAGUAACAAAGACAAGGACAAUGCUGUGCACAAGCUGAAAACCAGACUGAGAAACCUGGAAGAGGCAUUUCAGAAUGCGUACAAGGUCUCGGACGAUAAAGAGGCCAGAAUGAGAAAGGAGCACAAGAUGUUACAGGAUCUUCUAGUGGAAUAUGAAUCUCUGGGAAAGGAGCAUGAAAGGGUUAAGGAUACAUUGGUAUCAACUGAAAACAAGCUUUUUGACGCAAACACACAGAUAUCUGAACUAAAGAGAAUUAUUUCAAAGCUUGAAGCUCAGAUAAAACAGCUUGAACAUGAAAACAUUACGAAACACCGUCACACGACUCCGAGUCAUUCACAAGCAUCGGGAGUUGGCCUGUUGCUCCACCACCCCGACGUGUAUCGCUCUCCCAGUAAAGCCCCUGUUGACCUCGAUGCUAAUAGAAGAAAGUGGCUGACUCCUGGAGCCAACUAUUCCAUUUUCACAGGACAGCCUCUGGAGAAUGAUUUAUAUGAGAACAGCAGCAGGUGUUAUUCUCCUCCUGAAAAAGACGCAACUCAGAGGGAAACUACUGCAGCAAAAGAGGAGCUCAAAAGAGACCCCUCCCUCACUCCCAUAAUGAAGGCCCUGAUUGAGCUGGAUGGGACAAAAGCUACUGAGGGAAGGGCACUGAGGAAACCAGGUGCCAGCGACUCACGAUUUGGAAGUUGUAAACCAAGUGUAAGCUUUGCUGAGACUUGCAGCAGGAAUCAGCUUUCAGAGAAGAGCAGCAGUCCAGUGCAGACCCAGAGAAACAGCUCCCCUGUGGGAAACAGAUCUUCAUCUCUGCCUCCUCAGAACAGGAAAGCCAGCCCUGUUUCAACACCCACUAAAAGAGAUACAAUGAUAACCCCAAUUUCAGCAAAGUCAAGCCCAAAACGAUGCCCAAGAGAGAAUUUUUCACCUGGAAUGAGCCACCUGCUUGGCAAGGAUCAGAACUCCCCGACUAGGUUUGGUGUGAGAUUGGAUGAGAAUGAUGUUGCCUCAGCUUCGCCCUCACAUAGCCCUAGCCCAAGAAAGAGACUUCAGUUCACCUCCUUGGACGAGCCAGAAGUAAGUUAUCAUUCAAGCAACGCUGGACUGAGACUUGAUAGCCGCACGGAGUCUGCACUGAAAGCAGUGAAGCAGGGAGCCGUGACGAGUCGAUCAGCCUGGGAAGACAAGACCCCAGCCAUCCACGCAGAGAGCCACACACCGGGGCUACUGACGCCCUAUGAGACAGAGCUGACCUACAAAGCAAGGAUGGAGGCGCUGGCAGAAACGGAGAGGAUUUUUGAUGAGCUCACACAAGAAAAGCAACAGAUUGAGGCUGCGUUAAGUCGUUUACCAGGUGUUGGAGGAAGAGUGACCUUGCAAGCAAAAUUAGAUGAAGAAGCCCUGGAAGAUCGCUUGGAGAAAAUCAACCGGGACCUGGGGUCUCUCCGUAUGACUUUAAAGAGGUUUCAUGUUUUACGGACCUCUGCAAAUAUAUAGCAAUCUUCAUCUGCCAUGAGUUCAUUUAGUAAUUGCACUAGCAUACAGUUAGGGUUCUUUGUUUUCAGUUUAUUUUUAAAGCAGACUGGACUUCUUUGAAACAUUAUGAAACCUGUUAAUUGUGCAACUGGAUUCGCCACUUUAUACAAUAAUGGAUGAAGAUACAAAGGAAAACUGUAGGACGGACGAUGAGUUGGAAGGAAAACAUGUAAAAUCCUUUGUCUUGAACCUUCGAAUUUAAGCUUUGCAUUUUCUUACUCGAUUAAACAUAAAAAGUAUACAAGCAACACUGGAGAAUUCACGUGUAAAGUAAUGGCACCUGUGUGACCAAUUUGACCACCUUUUAAAAAGAACCCCCUUCGUGCAAAGCCACUGUAACCUGCUGCACAAUGAACAUGUUUAAUGUUUCUAUAAAGUGAUGUAUUACAUUGGGAGUCCCUCAAAAAUAAACACAGGGAACAAAGAACCGACACAUACAGUUUAUUCUCUGUGCCCUUAAAAUCAUUCCCAUUGUAUAUUAACAUUGUUGUAUACGUGCACAGAAUUUUUUAUACUUUUGUGACUAGGAUAUAUUUUAUAUGUGUUUUAUUACAGAAUACAGAAAUCACAAACUUUUUAUGGAAUAUUUUUAGUAUUGGUCAAAUUUAUAUAAUCUUUACUUUUUUAGGACACUUUUAAAGAAUAGUAUAUACAGUAUGUAGUAAUAUGUGCUUUACACACCAUGUUAAGGUAACUUAUGAUGCCAUUUUAUAUUUGCUCAUCAAUGAAAAAAAUAUGCUCUAUAUAUAUAUAUAUGUAUAUAAAUUCCAGAAUUGGAGUCCUGUUACUUGUAGAUAUAUUAAGAAAUAGGUACGUGCAAAAUGUUCUACCAGUAAUAAAAUGUACCUCAAAUGCCAUUUGAUUCAGUUUAUUUCAAGAUGUUUUUGGGUGGGAUUUUUUUUUUUUUUUUUUUUGUUAUUCUCGUUUCAUUCACAUGGUAUUAUGUAGACUGUAAUUCCAUCAUUGUAAUACAUGAUGCUCUGUUUAAGAGAAGCAUGUUGUGAAAAUGAGCCAGUUCAGAAUUCCUGCCAUUUGGAUGCGUGUGUCACAAUCAUCCAGCUCUCAUUGUUUACAUGGACCUUUCUUGUGCAACUUUCGACAGUUCCUGUCAGAUGCAAAUAAGAACUCAUCAUCUGAGUGAAGUUGUUAUGCAUGCAAUAAAAUCACAUUUGUGUCGCAUUUGCACUGAAGUCCACCUUAAUGUUUCACUCAUAUGUAUAGCUAUAUAAUGCCUCUUUUCCACAUUAAAUUGGUUUACUGGAUAUAAAAUGAUGUG